AUGUAUGGGUUGCACUAUGUGUGUUGCGCUAUGUAUGGGUGUCGUGAUGUCUGCUCGACAGUAUUCACAGCCCAUGGCGUCUCGCGACCCAUACCCGAUCUCCGGAUCACAGCAUUCAUGGAUUUUGAAAAACGUGAAGACGACGACGGGGUCCGUCUCUCGUGGAAUUGUGUUCCGAAGUCAAAGCUCCAGCAUCAACGGAAUGUCAUACCUUUAGGUACCAUAUACACACCACUCAAUUCUCGAUCCGAGGUACUUCAAGGAGAAUCUCUGCAAGCUAUAACAUGCCGCCAGUGUGGUGCUUUCAUCAAUCCUUAUGUGACGAUCACGGAGCAGCAGCCUGAAGUGUACUACUGUCAAUUUUGUAGCUUCGGAAACAGAAUAACGGCGGAGCCAGGUACGAUUCCAAUUGGUCUUCAACAACAAGCAACAACGAUAGAAUACCGUACUGGCCGACAGAGUAGUCUUCCGCCCAUAUUCUUGUACGUAGUAGACACAUGCUUCCAUGGUGAAGAUGUGGAGGAUAUCUACCAGUCGCUCAAGGAACUGUUGAUGACAUCACUUUCAUUACUUCCAGAAAAUGCUCUUGUGGGGCUCAUAUCGUACGGAAAACAUGUUCUGAUCCAUGAAUUCACGUCCCAUGGGGUUCCUAGAGUCCACUGUUUCAAUGGAGACAAGAAAUACUCGGUUGAGCAGUUACAAAAAGCUUUAGGAAUUCUUUCAGCCGGAUUGCGUACUAAUGUAAAUACUGGUGAUCCGGUGACACUGGUACUUGGUUCCGUGGGGGUGAGGUUCCUUCAGCCAGUUAAUGUUGUGGAGUACGAAUUUACCUCAGUUCUUGAAAAUUUAGUCACCAAUCUGUUUCCCUUCAAGCAGUCUCGAGAACGGCCCGCUCGAGCCACUGGUGCUGCUGUGAACAUAGCGUCCACAUUACUCAAGUCAAUUCUUGGCGAAAGCACCUCUGUAGGUGGCCAUUUGAUGUGUUUUAUUGGCGGUGCUUGUACUUUUGGACCAGGAAAAAUCGUAGGUUCACAGCUUAAAGAACCGUUCCGUUCGCAUCACGAUAUUGAAAAAGCCAAUCAAACACAAUUACCUUCCGUUCCUCAGAUGAAUGGGACUACCAAGGUGGACUUGACGUUGUCCAAAAAUGCAAAGAAGUUCUACGAGAGUAUUGCUACGGUAUUGGUAGGUUUGGGUAUCAGUUGUGAUUUCUUCGUGUGCAGCUACGAUCAAGUUGGACUCUACGAGAUGGACGAUGUAUGCAGUAAAACAGGCGGAACCGUGAUAAUGAGUGACUCUUUCAAUACGUCAAUCUUCAAGCUGAGUUUCGCUAAAUUCUUCAAACAGUACGAAGAAGGUGUCGAUACGGGAUACCUCGAAAUGGGGUUCAAUGCUACCUUGGAAUGCCGAGUGACUCCAGACUUACAAAUCCAAGGUCUCAUAGGUAAUGCAACAUCGUUGCCUCCUCGAAAGAAUGCUCCUCACAUAGAAAAGUCGAUCUCCAAGACUGUGGUUGGUGAGGGUAAUACAAAUUCAUGGAAGCUUUGCAGCACAAGUACUCAAACAUCAUUUGCACUUUAUUUUGACAAGUUGGACUCCAACAAUUUGGGUCAUUCCUACAUUCAGUUUUUAUACCACUACCAGCAUCCCAGUGGAGAAUUAAGACUUCGAGUCACCACAGUACCGAUUGCUGUAGUUCCAGAUGCCGACAUGCAAAAUCUUGAAGCCGGGUUUGACCAAGAAGCAGCAGUGGUACUCAUUGCUAGAGACAGCAUUAAUAAGCUUCAAUCGACCAAUGGCACAACCUAUGAAGAAGGAGAUGUGGUGAAACAAUUGGACCAGUUACUUAUAGACUUUUGUGCCAGGGUUGCCGUGUAUACCAAGGGAGCACCCAAGUCGUUCAAGCUAUCUGCUACCUAUUCGUUCUUGCCUCAAUUUUUGUAUCACUUGCGUCGUUCCAACUUAAUUAAAGUGUUCAAUAACUCUCCUGACGAAACAAGUUAUCUUCGACACAUAUUCAUGCAGCAGGACGUCAAUAAUUCACUUAUAAUCAUUCAGCCUACAUUACUUUCCUACGACGUCGAGACUUAUACGGAAGAUACUGAAGCGGAACCAGUAUUACUUGAUUCGAUGUCACUCGGUGCCAACAAAAUUCUACUCCUAGACACAUUUUUCCAGGUAUUGAUCUACCACGGCUCGCGUGUUGCAGAAUGGAGAAAAGCAGGGUACCAAGACAUGGAGGGCUACGAACACUUUAAAAAAUUUCUUGAGGCUCCAAAACAAGAAGCCAUGGAAAUAUUAAUUGACAGAUUCCCCUUACCGAGGUUUAUUGACUGUGAUGAUGGAGGCAGUCAAGCUCGAUUCUUAAUGGCCAAAUUGAACCCGUCUACGGCAUACGCUGCUAACCCCAAUCAUCUCUAUGGUGGGCAGCUCGAUGUGUUGACAGACGACGUAAGUCUUCAGCUGUUCAUGGAUCACAUUCAGAACUUGAUCAUUUCACGCAAAUAG